AUGACUUCGGCGCUGGAGGUCAUCUCUCCAUCCUCCGGAAUAUGCACGCCCAGUACGUCUUCAGCAGCUCACCUGCUCGAUUUCUAUCUACAAUACGGCGAGAUUGUGGCAUCGUUACCGGUCGAUGCGCAUAUCAUCCCCACGCUCCACUCCUACAGAAUCCCAUUUUUGGAGAAGUUCUCCAAUCCAGCAAGUAACGGGGAAACCCAGACCGCACCCCAGUCGGCAGAGACUCUUUCCCUGCAGUUCUUGGGGCAUUUGAUACACAAUGGUGUCUCUGCCGACAUCGUUGACACAUUACUUCGAUCGUUUGAAUCACGAUAUGUGCGCAACUCUGAUAUCCACAGCGUGAUAACUGGGACAUCAGAUCCCGUGGCUAGUCGAAGGAAUGCGUUGAGAAAUUAUUUUUCCGCGAUGGAAUAUGUUUCGAUCACUCUGACCCCUGCGAAGAGUGCUUUAUUCCAGUCUACUCACACUGGUAUGUCCAAAGUCAUGAUGUUGUUUGGUGGCCAGGGUUCAGCCAACGCUUCCUGUGUGCGGGAGCUGAGAAUUCUCAAUACGACCUAUCGAUGUCUGUUGCGACGUCUCAUUGACACCAUCACGCCAGUGCUCGCAUCACUGUGUCAGCGCCCUCACACGAAGCAGUUUUUUGCAGGCCGAAUCAUCGACCUACAGUCCUGGCUCGUUGAUGAUCAAGAGACUCCAUGUGAAGAAUUUUUGAGCACAGCCCCAGUGAGCUUUCCCAUCAUCGGUCUUCUGGACCUGGCUCACUACUGUGUGACCUGCCAUGUUUUGGGCAAAUCCCCAGAUGAGAUGAUUGCAUCUUUGAAUGGGGUAUCAGGACAUUCUCAAGGAAUUGUUGUGGCAGCUGCGGUGGCCAAAUCGACGUCGUGGGACGCGUUCUACACAAAUGCCUCCCUUGCCAUGGAGAUACUUUUCUGGACCGGAUUCGAGAGCCACCAAGGAGCACCACGCUGUUUCAUAUCCCCCGAUAGCAUUCAGGACUCUCUGUCGAAAGGAUAUGGUCAGCCAUCCCCCAUGCUAUCAGUCAGAGGGUUAGAGCGCACCAAAUUGGACGAGAUUCUGCAGAAAUGCAACACAUAUUUCUCGCUCAACAGCCAGAUACAUGUUGCUCUGGCGAAUUCCAAGACUAAUUUUGUGGUUGCCGGCCCCCAGGCCUCCCUCUAUGGCCUUUGUGGGUAUCUUCGAGAUAUCGCUGCUUCAGCAGACAUGGACCAGACAAGAAUUCCAUUUAGCCAACGAAAGUCCGUCAUCUAUCACCAUUUCCUCCCGAUCAGCGCUCCUUUCCACACCACCUACCUGGAAGAAGCGGCCGCCAAGAUCAAAUAUCGCCUUCAUGACAAGACAUUUACGACCAGUGACGGACAAGUGCAGCUGAUCCACACUACCACCGGUGAGGCGAUCAAUAUGGAUGGUGAAGUUGCUCUCGUGCAGUCUGUCGUGGAUGCUGUCACUACCGGCUUUGUCGACUUCCCUAGACUGUUGUCUCACCCCAACACCACACAUUUUGUUGUAUUCGGCCUCGGUCGCUUGGGAGAGCUGGUGAAGCAGAACCGCCAGGGUUAUGGUCAACGAAUCAUCUGCGGAAGUGAAAUUGACGUGGUCGGCCGUGACACUGGAUCAAAGGUCGAACUCUUCGCAUCAACCCUGCCACCCCGUGAGCUCCCUUGGGGCGUCGCAUACGCACCACGAUUACUACAGACACUUGAUGGAAUGCUGGUCCUCGAUACCAAAUUGAGCCGUCUGCUUCAAGUUCCUCCAGUUCUCACUGCCGGUAUGACGCCGACCUCGGUUCCUUGGGACUUCGUGGCUGCGGUCAUGAAUGCUGGAUACUACGCCGAACUAGCGGCAGGAGGCUACUAUUCGGAGGACGUUCUGGAGCGUGCGAUCGAGAAGUUGGUCUCUGAGAUUUCACCCGCUCGUGGAAUCACACUCAACCUGAUUUAUGUAAAUCCGGAGGCAAUUUCCUGGCAGACGCGACUGGUUCGCAAACUCAUCCGCAAUGGGACACCGAUUGAUGGGAUCACCAUCGGUGCUGGUGUCCCCUCCCUCGAAGUUGCUCUAAACUACAUUGACGAAAUUGGCUUGAAAUACAUCUCCUUCAAGCCAGGCUCUAUCGACGCUAUCAUGGCCGUCCUCGAAAUUGCGGACGGCCGCCCGGGCUUUCCGAUCAUUCUCCAGUGGACUGGAGGCCGAGGUGGUGGUCAUCACUCCUUCGAGGAUUUCCAUGCGCCCAUUCUGGCUACUUACCACGAAUGCCGGAACAGGCAAAAUGUGAUUCUUGUUGCUGGAAGUGGCUUUGGAGCGGGUGAAGACACAUACCCAUAUAUGUCAGGCUCUUGGUCCAAGCAACUUGGUUAUCCCAUGAUGCCUUUCGAUGGAGUAUUGCUGGGUAGUCGCCUCAUGGUCUGUCGGGAAGCUCAUACGAGCCCACAGGUCAAACAGCUCAUCUGCCAUACGCCGGGCGUGGCAGACGGCGGCUGGGAGCAAACAUACACCGGCGGUGCGGGAGGCGUGAUCACAGUCAAAUCUGAGAUGGGACAGCCAAUCCAUAAGAUCGCCAAUCGCGCUGUGCAUCUCUGGGCUGAAUUGGACCGAGAAAUGUUCGCUCUUCCGCGCCCGAAGAUGGCCGAGGCGCUCCAAAAGAAGAAGCAGUACAUCAUCUCGCGAUUGAAUAGCGACUAUGCAAAACCUUGGUUUGGGCAGGACUUGACCGGAAAUCCGCUCGACCUCAUCGAUAUGACCUACACGGCGGUGCUAAAGAGAUUGAUCCAGCUUAUGUAUAUCAGCCACCAGAAACGUUGGAUUCACGGUUCGUACAUGCGGCUAGUCUAUGACUUUGCCCUACGAUCCCUCGCCAGAAUCUCUUUUGGGUUUGCUGUCGAACUUGACGCAUUGCGAGAUCCAACGAGAUUCAUUGAAUCAUUCACAUCGCACUGUCCUGAAGGUGACAGGCAACAGCUGCACCCUGACGAUGCGACUUUUUUCAUUCAAAGAUGCAAGGCUCGAGGACAGAAACCCGUCAAUUUCAUCCCCAUUCUUGACGAGAACUUUGAGUCCUGGUUCAAGAAGGACUCCCUCUGGCAGUCGGAGGAUAUUGAAGCGGUUGUGGAUCAAGAUGUUGAGCGAGUUUGUGUUCUGCAAGGACCGGUCGCUGUCAGACAUUCCAUCAACCGCGAUCAGUCGGCCCAGGACAUAUUGGGCAAAAUCUCCGACUUCCAUACGACCACCCUGCUUUCAGAACAUUAUGACGGAGACUUAAGCCGCAUCCCAAAGAUGAAAGACCCUGCUUCUACAUCCCCACUGUCGCAUUGGCCGCUGGGUCAUUCCAAUGAGAAUACCGCCUGCAUCCAGACGUUCCGUGCCCUUCCAGAUGACUCAGUCGACUGGCUGGAAGUUUUGACUGCCAACUCAUUUGGAUGGGUGCAUGAUUUGGUCUGCGAAUCGCAUAUCAUCCGAAAUGGUGUUCGCAGAAAGAACCAUUUCCAAAAUCUCUUCAAACUGAAAACAGGGCAGACACUACUUCUCGAUCAUGGGGCACAACGGAUCGUGUUGGGCGACACUCAAAGUGGAAAUAAACUCGUUGUGUUAUACCGCCACGAUAGCGACAAUACUCUCGGGGUUGAUCUAUAUCAGCCCAGUGACUUCACGGCCGUGUCAGCAGUCUUGUCACUUCAGUAUAAGCAUCUGUCAGCAGGGGUGUUGUCUGCUCUGGUCGAGCUUGAUUCUGAGAGAGAUGCCCGAAUCAAAUCUUUUUACAGCAAGCUGUGGCUUGGUUACGAAAUGGAUGCCAGCUCACCGCACGCUACAUUUACUGCGCCAGCGAUCACUUUGACUCACAAGUUGCUUGACGAGCUUCAUGAGAUACUGGGAUCUCCACCUACCAGAGAGAGUGAGAGUGCUGUCCCCUUGGACAUCGCAAUUAUCAUUGCCUGGGAAGUGUUAGUCAAGCCUCUACUGCUUCCUGCUGUCAAGGGGGAUCUGCUUCGACUGGUCCAUCGCGAAAAUACGACCGAGUAUUGUCCGUCAGCGACACCAUUUCAAUUGGGCGAUGCUCUUCAGUCAAGCUCUCAUAUCCAGAGCAUCAACAUUGAAGAGACAGGAAAAUCACUAGUAGUCAAGGCAACCAUUGAGAGGAACGGAAGCCCUGUCGCAUGGGUCACGUCGACUUUUUCCUGCUGGGAGCCCGAAAUUGAGAUAAAAGUAUCAUCCUCCAUUGAGGCAGAGCUUCUACGAUCGAGGAGCUGGCUCUCACUGGAUGACCCCCAACUGGACCUUGUUGGGAAAACGUUGUCGUUUCGGCUCACGACACUCGCUUCCAGGAGAGACAAGCAGACAUUCGAACAGCUCAGCACCACUGGGCUGGUGAUUUUCAAUGCUUGGAAUGGUGAGAAGACCGAAAUCGGUCGAGUAGCCUUCCAAGCCGGCGGCUGCAAGGGAAAUCCAGUGUUGGACUUCCUCGGCCGAAAGGGAGACCCCGCCACUGAGCUGAAAGAGUUAAAGCACCCAGUGCAGCUCUACAGCGCUUCACAGGCCGUGCGGGUUCCAGAGUCUAAUGAACCAUACAGUCAAUUCUCCAAAGACUUCAACCCAAUCCACAUUUCUGAAAUCUUUUCGCAGUAUGCGGAGCUCCCUGGCACAAUUACUCACGGCAUGUACACAUCUGCCGCCAUUCGGUCUGUCGUCGAACGGACUGCAGCGGAUGGAGACAUCCAGCGCUUCCGGCGAUGGUCCUGCUCAUUUGUUGGAAUGGUGUUGCCGGGGGAUCAACUGGACGUUCAUGUGGACCAGAUCGGCCUGGUAGAAGGCAGGCUUUUGCUGAAAGUGGCGGCCAUGAACAAUCGGACACAAGAGACGGUACUUCGUGGAGAGGCUGAAGUCGACCAGGCUCCCAGUGUCUACGUCUUUACCGGUCAGGGUAGUCAGUCCCUGGGGAUGGGGAUGACGUCUUACCAGUCCAGCCCGGCGGCAAAGAAGGUCUGGGAUGAUGCGGAUCAAUUUCUACUUGGGAAAUUCGGCUGGUCCGUCUUGGAGCUAGUUCGAAGCAAUCCCAAGUUGCUUACGGUGUAUUUCCGAGGCCAGCGCGGCCGACAGUUACGAUCUAACUACAUGGCGAUGACAAUCGACUCGUAUCGCCCCGAUGGCUCUGUAGUUAAAGAGCCUAUUAUUAAGGAUCUGACGAGCGAAAGCAUAUCAUACACCUUUUCCGAUUCCCGCGGCUUGCUCUUUUCUACCCAAUUCGCACAACCAAUCAUCGUGUUGUUGGAGCAGGCGGCCAUGGCUGACUUGAAGGACCGCGGGAUCAUUCAGGAGGGCGCAUCUUUUGCUGGCCAUUCUUUGGGAGAAUAUGGUGCAUUGUCCGCUUUUGCUGAGUUCAUGCGCUUCGAAGAUCUUCUCCAGGUGGUGUUUUAUCGUGGUCUCGCGAUGCAAAUAGCCAUUGAGCGUGAUGAUCAAGGACGCACCAACUUCUCCAUGGCUGCAGUGAAUCCCAUCCGGGUGGGCGAAUUCUUCAAAGAAGCGGCGCUGAGAAAGCUGGUGGAGGUGAUCGCGACAACGACAAAUGAACUGUUGGAGAUUGUCAACUUCAACGUGGAAGGCGAACAAUAUGUCUGUGCGGGAACGCUGGAAAAUCUACACGCCUUGGGGGCUACUCUCGACCAUAUCGCGAAAGCUCCUGGUGGAGCGAUCCUAGCUCGGAUGUUGAUGGACAAUCCUCAGUCAGAAGAAUGCCUCAACAUAGUGUCGCAGAAAGUCCACGAAGCUCAGCAGCUGUCCAGUCCGAUUACCGUGCAACGCAGCACUGCGCUCAUCCCACUUCAGGGGAUUGAUGUGCCGUUCCAUUCAGCACAUCUACGCGGCGGGGUGCCCUCAUACCGGAGCUUUUUGGAGGAACGGAUCCGCGACGGCGAUGUCGACCCCCAACGCCUGAUUGGGAAAUGGAUUCCCAAUGUCAUGGGCAAGCCAUUCUCGUUGAGUUCAGAGUACCUCAAGGAUGCGCAUCGGUUGACCGCCAGUCCAGUUCUCGGAGAGAUUCUGUCCGUUUAA